AUCUAAAAACAACAAUGUACCAGUCGAAUAUGCCGGUAAAUCAACAGUAUUUUCCGCAACACAACGCUAAUCAAUUGGGAGGACAUAAUUAUCGCCCCCGAUAUGCUCCACCGUUAUUUCAAAUGUCUCCGCCGGUGGCACCAAGUUACGGCGUGCCCCGUAUGAGUUAUCAGUCUUCAGGAGCUCCAGCAAUGGCGCAAAAAUAUGAUAAUAUGUAUAAUCGUGCACCAGCUAAUUAUCCAAGAAUUGUGCCUAACAGAAUCGUACAGUCAAAUAUAAGAUUGCCAGGUAAUCAUCAAGAAAUGAGGCACGUCCAGAACAACAGUUUCGCAUCUUCUACAAAUCAGCCUGGCAUUUCAAGAUUACCCAACCAAAAAGAUCAGUUUACUAAUGUAUCUACGAGACAUAAACCUUAUUAUGGUAAUUUUAAAGAGCCACCAAAUAAGAUGACUCAGAACUAUUCAGUGCCGAUGGAAACUAGUGCGGUGGAACAAGACCAUAAUGCCGAUCCUCCAGUAACUACAAGGAAUUUUCAAAUCAAUAACAUUGGUACUACCGAUGGACAAAGAAGGAAAACGUAUAGAUUUGACCUAAACGAAAAGAAAAACUUAAACGAAACGGUCUCCAAUCCAAACAUGCUCAAUAAUACUAUAACCUCAGGUAUGAAUAGAACUAUGGAAAUGGUUCCCACUGCCGGAUCAAGUAAAACUGAUACUACAACAGCAGGCAAACAAUUUAUCUUCACCGGACCCGUAGAGAAAGUCAUACACUGGAACAUGCUGCUCCAGGACCGGUUUUCUCUUUGUCUUUACGAAGUCAUAGCUACCAUGGUUUGUCUUCAAGAAGGCACCAUCAAGACUCAGAAGAUUAUGCUUGUGAGAAAUAUAAAGGGUCCUGUCUUACAAGUUGUCUACUACGUUUUCACUCAAAUUGAUUUGGAUGAUUUCCAUUUGGGUAUGACGGUAAGAUGUGUGGGCAGCAUGAUCGGCUACAAUAUUCUAAAGGCUGUCAGUAUUCGGGCUGCAACUCAAGAUGAAAUUGAUCAUCUGGAAAGGAUGUCGCUUAUAAGCGACCAAGCAGUUAAUUUUCAACUAACUCAUUAACAACUGAAACAAAAUUGGUAUCGUAUAUUAAUAUACGUAUAUAAUAUUAAUUAAGAAUUAGAGGUUGACUAUUUUUUUAUAUAGCAGCCUUGUACAAUUUGUUUAAAAUAAUAAAUACCUAGGUACAUUUGUUUUAUACAACAAACGAAGGUAUUUGAUUUCGUAUUGUUGGUUAUUCUGUGACAUCUAUGUGGGUUUAUAAUAUUUAAUUCAAUAUUGAUUUAGUUAAAGAUUAAAAGGUGUGGCAAUUAAAUAACUGAACUGAUGCUAUUGACUGAUGAUAACUGACUGAUGCUGAUUGUAUUGAUCACCAAUUAUAUUACAAAAUUUAUCCCUUUCUUAUAACAAUUCCGCCGCUCUUAGUUUCACUGCUUCAUACUGUCAAAUUUCUAUUUUACCUUAGAAAACAAAAAAAGUCACAGGGAGUCAAAUCGGGAGAAUAAGGUGGGCGCUCCAAUCAUUUUCAGCUUCCAAGUUUUUUGCCACAGUUCCUAUUUGUGGAUCAACAUUUUUCAAAUUAUACAACAAUUAUGUUUGUGUGUAUAUAAACACAGCCAGAGAGUAUUUCGUCAACUAAGGGAUGGUCCCUACAUGUGGAUCUAACUGAGGUGUCUGCUAUGCAUUAGAUGGAUCUGCUAGUUCCAUCCAAAGAUGUUUUCUCAAAGUUAAGUUUUUAAAAAUAUGUAAUUCUUUAACCGUAUAAUUUCAUUCAUUUAACAUGAUAACUAUAUUGUAAAAAUUUGUAAAAUAUUUUAAGGUUACAUGUAGAAUAUUGUAUUCUUGCUUGUUAUUUUAAAUAAAUCAGUUGUUAUC